AACUAAAAUUUCAUUGUUAUAAUUUUUCGAAUAACGAAAAUUCAUCAUAUUUACAGAAAAAGAAGAAAACAACGAAUGAAAAAAAAACCUUUAAAAAAGGGAAUAUGAAAAGAAAUAAAAAUGAAAAUGGGAAUAAUAAAAAGCAGACGUGGCAGCGAUACCCUAAGCACACAUCUGCAGAUAUAAACAGCGUCUUCCUCACGCCAAGGGGAAGAGAUAGAGAGAGAUCUGAUCUGUGGUUUUGUUUUUCUGAAAGAGAAAGGAGAGAGAGGUUUGAUCAGAAUGUCUGGGGGCGAUGGAAACAACGGUGGAGAAAGACGCAAAGGGUCGGUGAAGUGGUUCGACACCUCGAAGGGCUUUGGUUUCAUCACACCCGACGACGGUGGUGACGAUCUCUUCGUUCACCAGUCCUCCAUCAGAUCUGAGGGUUACCGUAGCCUUGCCCCGGAGGAAUCCGUUGAGUUCGAGGUCGAGGUCGACAACAGCGGACGUAACAAGGCUGUCGAAGUCACCGGACCAGACGGCGCUCCGGUUCUGGGUAGCAGCGGCGGUUCAUCUGGAGGACGAGGCGGUUUUGGCGGCGGUGGAAGAGGUGGAGGACGAGGUGGCGGAUACGGUGGUGGCGGCGGCGGAUACGGUGGAGGAGGAGGUUAUGGUGGUGGACGCGGAGGCGGUGGUGGUGAUGGGGCUUGUUACAAGUGCGGAGAGCCUGGUCACAUGGCGAGAGACUGUUCCCAAGGUGGUGGUGGUGGCUACGGAGGAGGUGGCGGCGGUAGGUUCGGCGGUGGAGGAGGAGGUGGCGGAGGGAGCUGCUACAGCUGUGGAGAGUCGGGUCAUUUCGCGAGGGACUGCACAAGCGGCGGUCGUUGAAGCAAAACAAGUUAAAAGGCGGUUUGUAGAAGGGUAAAUCAGUCAUCUCGGCGCCUGCUAUCUCAAAUAUCCUAAUCAUCUAUCUAUCUUAUCUUCUUUUGUUUUUCUAUCUCCUCGGUUUUUUUUUCGGUUUAUUAGGACAUGUUGUUAUGGUGUUUGUUAUGCGUAAGAAGCUGGAUUCGUAUUUGCAUGUUUUAUCAAUCAUAAGUUUCGAAUCGUUGUUA